GACAUUGGAGUUUGUGUACCUCAGUGUCAACACAAACAUUUUAAACGUAUUUUGAGUGUAGUAUAUUGGUUUAGAUAUUAGUUAGAGUUUAAAACAUGUUACUCUUGUUCAAAUGGACUUGUUUAAUACGUUUUUUAUAACUAAAUACCGUGCCUUAAGUCUCUCCAACCUUUGAUAAACAGAAUGUCUUGGAUAAGGCGUAUAGUGAAAGGGGCCUUUCUUUUUAUCCCGCCAUACAUGGCUUUCACAGAUCUCUUCUAUGCUGUUCGAACUGUAGAUGGUGUUUCUAUGCAGCCAACCCUGAACCCUGAUGGAUUUAACACAGACUUUGUGCUGUUGGAUAGGUGGGCAGCCACAAGCCUGCAGUUUGAAAGAGGGGAUGUUGUAUCUCUUAUCUCCCCUAAAGAUCCCAGCCAGUGGUUGAUUAAAAGAAUUGUCGCAUUAGAAGGAGAUCAAGUCAAAGCCAACAGCUGUUUUGAGGAGAAUGUGGACAUCCCUAGAGGUCACUGCUGGGUAGAGGGAGACAACCAUGAUUGUAGCAUGGACAGUAACAACUUUGGCCCAGUAUCUAUUGGCCUGAUCACCGCCAAAGCCUCCAGAGUUCUAUGGCCUCUAGAAAGAUGGGGUCCCCUAGAGAAGAAAGACAUCAGCGGAGGGCGUCUAACUGUGAAAGAAAAUGUUGACAGGGGCAAAGUGUUCUUUGGCUGGGAGUCCUGGAAAUAAUUCUGGCAGUGGCAUGUUGGCAGUGUCAACACUGUAGGCCCAGAGAAAAAGUGGCAUUAAUUUAUUGAUUAACAUUCAUCCAUACAGUCUAUGUGUUGAGCACUCGGAUAUGUUUAGGCAUCGCUCAAAGGGUAUUCAUGUCUGGAAUAAUUGAAAGCAUUAUAUCGGUUUUGAAUGUUAGAGUACAUGUUUCUCUGUGUGUGUUCAUUUCAUACUUGAUAUUGUGCCCUCCUGAGAUUGACUUGUGUAUUUGUUGAAUGUAUACAUGAAAUGAACACAUUCAUUUGAUUUUUGUUUUAUUUAUUGCCGUUUCUUUAGUUAGAUUAUCAGUCAAGCAAAGUUACUCAGUGUCUGUGUGUAGAAAAGAUUGAAUUUUUGGAAAAUAUCCAUUGAAGUAAAGACAUUACAACUAACUGCAGCCAACCAUUUAGAGAUUUUUUUCUACCUUUGGCUACUCCAAAAUAUAGCUAAAAUAAUUUGUGAUGGGGAGGCAGUAAAAAAUUCUAAUUCAGGAUUUUGUUUUCAAUCACAUAUAUCUAUCAUAAUCAUAUUUAUUAUCAUAUAUAUUCAGCCAUGCAAAUAUCUCUUAUUUAAAAAAGCACAAGUCUACUUUAUUUAACUUAAAUUUUUUUAAAUCUGUUGGUUUUUUUCUGGCUUAUCUAUAAGCCAAGGUGAAGACAUAGAAAAGCCACAACUCCCUGACUAGUUUUUCUAUUCUAUUUACUAGCAUCAAGCAUAACUUGACUAGAAUAACAAAGUGUGCUAAAAGGUCAUGUGUUUUAAAUUGGAGUAUGUUAUUAAUAUUAUAAUGUAUGUCACACCAUUUUGUAUGGCAGUCCUUUAAGUAUGGCACAGCAUUUUAUAAAGCAUUUAAAUAUGGCAGGCCACUCUUUUGUGUCACAACAUUGUGCAUUUAUUUAAAGUACAACUGCUGAACAUGUUUUUAAACCAUUUUUUUAAUGUUGAUUACAUUGCCAAUAUAUUAAGUUGUGAAAUUGAAUUUAGCGUUUAGUUAGUAAUUUUUAAAAUUUAGUAUUUGAAAGUGUGACUGGUUCGAUCACACAGAUUUGAGUGAAGUGUUAAAUGAAUGAGUGGUCAAAGUGAAUUUUUGGAUUUAGUGAAUUUAUUUGUUGGAAGAUUUUUUAAAAAGUAAUUUCUUCUAAUUCUGAUGAGCUGUAAUAUAAAGUAUUUAUGAAUUCCGUGAAUUAUGUAUUACAAUGUUUUAUACAGCAUGUUGAUCAGAAGUUUGUUAAGUAGUGUUUGAUUGGUAGGUCUGAAUGUAUUUUUCAGUAUAAAUAUUGAAAUCAAAAUGUUUGGUUUUAAAUUUGUACUUGGUUGAUCAGAUUUAUUUUUUUAAAUAAAGG